AUGGCUUCGCUGGCCGAAUACUGUUCCCUCUGGCCCUCGGCUGGCGGCCAACAAUUCUAUACACAGAUCGUUGCCCCAGAGAAAUACCGCCGAUUCUUGUCCUACGUGGUGGGUUGGUGCGUGCUGGUGGGCGAGAUUUCCACAACAAGCAGCUGUGCAUUGAAUAGCGCAGAGAUCGUAGCUGCCCUGGUUGAAAUCAUACACCCCGAAGUCCAUUGGCAUGCUUGGAUGACCUGGUUAAUCUACACCGGUUUUCUGAUCGCACCGGCUGUAUCGAACUUGAUGCCCAAGUAUCUUCCAAAACUGCAACUAUUUGGGGCGUUUUUCAACAUCAGCAAUGGCCUCAUAUGGGCCAUCGUUUUUCUUGUCAUGGCCGAUAAGAACAGUUCCAAGUUUGUUUUUACCGAGUUUCUCAACACCUCCGGCUGGACAUCUAGGGGCUGGGUCUUUAUCCUCAGCAUGUAUGUCCCGAUUUAUGGUCUCUACGGGACCGACGGAGUGAUGCAUUUGGUCGAAGAGAUGAAGAACGCUUCUCGUGACGCUCCUCGAGUCAUGAUGUGGUCGAUGCUUUGGUCCGGUGUCACAGCCUGGCUUUCAAUGAUUGUCAUGUGUUACACGGUCGGACCGAACUGGGAAGACUACUUGGAGGCCACCUCUUCCUAUGUGGCAUGGUUCAUGGACGCCUUGGACUCGACGUACGGCGGUGGCAUUUGGUGCGCGAUCAUGAUGAUGGGGUUGAACUAUUUGAUUAUCGUCAACAUCAACGCUGCUGGCUCCCGACUGACAUGGUCAAUGGCUCGCGACCGAGCCUUCCCUUUCUCCGACUACUUUGCACAAGUCAAUCAGCAUUUUAUGAUGCCGCUCCGGGCCAUGAUCGCCUUUAUUGUGGUUAACCUGCUCGUUGGCCUAAUUGUUCUAGGAAGUGAUCUAGCCUUCUACGCAAUCAUCUCCGGCGGCGGCGUCACCCUGCAAGUCUCCUACUGCGUCCCGAUUCUGUGCGUAGUCUUGAAGGGCCGACAGCACCUGCCUCCCCGCCCGCACUUUGAUCUUGGUCGAUGGGGUUAUGCUGUCAACAUAGCCUCCUUACUCUGGAGUAUUGUUGUCGUCCUGUUCUACGUUUUCCCGCAAUAUGUGCCAGUGGCCGGGGACAUCGCGAACAUGAAUUGGGCGAUAGCCAUCCUUGCGGGAGUGGUGCUCCUGGGGGGUGCCUACUGGAUCCUCAAGGGGAGACACGAAUACUUGAUUUUUACCAACACUGUUCUCGAUGAGAAUGUCGUCUACCAUGGCGAUGCUGUGCUCACUGGCAGGGAGAUAGCAGCUACAUUUGGGCAGCCUAAGACAGAGAAACCGGUCGGGUCUUGA